AUGAAGAAAUAUCAUUCCCAUGGUUAUGCUAUGUUAGGAGGUACAGGUAACCUUCAAAAGGAGAAUAUCUACAUACGCCUAAUCUAUCCACUUGAGCUUUUUAGAAGACAAAAUUUUCCUUAUCUGGUCGUAGUGGAGGAAAAGAAAAAGAACACAGAUGUGAACUAUAAGAAGGACUUGAAACAUUGCUGGUUUGAAGAUGGAGGCCAAAAAAUAAACUUUGGAACAUAUGAUAAUUACAUUCCAGUCAGUGAAUUAAGCAAAAAAUCAUGGAAUCAGCAACACUUUGCCCUGAGAUUUCCCAAACCACCAAGGCCAGGAAAAAAAAGGAGAUCAAAACCAUCCCAACUGCGAGACAAUGCAAUUCCUAUAUAUGAUUCAGACAAAAUAAAAGAAGGUCAUAAACAACCGUUAUGGAUGCACAGUUCUUUAAUGAGAAUUUCUGAGAGACCAUCCGAAUAUUUAGCUGCCAGGAGGCAGCUUCAAUAUAAAGCAACCCAUCGCCCAAAGGAAGAUGCUAAAGUAGCAGAUGUAGAAAAACGUUUAUCUCCAGAAACAGGUAAGAAAGAUGAAAAAGAUGCAAAAACAGAUGCCAAAAAAGAAAGAAAAGAUUCAAAGAAGGGCAAGGAGUCAGAAUCUGAAGAUGAAAAGAAAGAUGCCAAGAAAGAUGCCAAGAAAGAGAAGAAAGCUUCAAAGAAAGGCAAGGAGUCAGGUACAGAAUCUGAAGACGAAAAGAAAGACACCAAGAAAGAGAAGAAAGCUUCAAAGAAGGGCAAGGAGUCAGGUAUAGAAUCUGAAGAUGAAAAGAAAGACACCAAGAAAGAUGCCAAAAAGGACAAGAAAGCUUCAAAGAAGGGCAAGGAAUCUGCUACAGAAUCUGAAGAUGCCAAGAAAGAUGCCAAAAAGGACAAGAAAGGUUCAAAGAAGGGCAAAGGGUCUACAGAAUCUGAAGAUGCAAAGAAGGAUAAGGAUGGGAAAAGAGAUACAAAGAAACCAGGAGAGAAUGAUGAUCAAUCAAAAGACAAGAAAGAUGCAAAGAGAAAGGGGAGUAAAAAAGGUAAGAAAGAAGAAAAGAAGGCCAGUGGGACAGAUAUUGAAUCAAAGGAUGAUGCUAAGAAGGAUGGCAAGAAGGAUGGCAAGAAGGAUGGCAAGAAGGAUGGCAAGAAGGAUGCCAAGAAGGAUGCCAAGAAGGGCAAGUAA